AUGGCUUUUUGUAAUCCAUGCAUCCGCCCUGCUGAUUCAUCUAUGCUUGCGUUUCAUAAGCAUCCAUCUAAAUCUCUCAAAACUCUUCUCCGUCGUCAAUUGUGCAAAAAAUCAUGUGCUGUCACCAAAUGCCAAACACCUAUUCGUCGUCCUAUCCAAAAACAACAAUCGUCUCGUAAAUUUCAACGAAUUAAAGGAUCAAAUCUUAUUCGUGAAGUUAUUUGUGAAAAAAAUCAAAUGAUGGAUCUGAUCAGUAAUUAUGACAUGACUGUAUUUCAUGCCGACGAACUUGAUGAUACAGACGUGGCUCUAUCUCACCGUGAAUCGAAGAAAGUUCCUCGCUGGGCUCGAAAGAGUCAAUUACAAUUGGCAAUCAUAAAUCAAAUCUACUACAACGAUAAAAAUCCCGAAGACAUAUUUGGUGCCAUUCAUCUUGACCGUGUACGUGAAAUGGUCGAUUCAAUUGAACUAUGGAAUAGCGAAUUGCCGAUGAUCUCUUCGUAUUCAAAUAUGCCCGCGAAUUUCGUUUGA